UUACAUUCCGAGGUUGAUCCGCCAUUACCGGCGGCGAAGUUCCCAUGCGGGGACAGCAUUUUCACCCACAGAAGCCGGGUCUCGCCCGACCCGAUGAGGAAAACGAACCGUUAGGCGCCGGAAUUCGGAAGAAGGGAACCGGAGUCCGGCCAUGGCUGCUUCUGGACUCGACCGGCGGAGCUCAGGUAGUUGAGGCUGGAAAACAUGCGAUUAUGCGGACUGGCCUACCGGCUCGGGACCUUCGGAUUCUCGAUCCGUUGCUCUCGUAUCCAUCUACGAUUCUUGGCCGUGAGAAAGCGAUUGUGAUCAAUUUAGAGCACAUCAAAGCCAUUAUCGCUGCUCAAGUGUUCGUGUUGAAUGCCAGGGAUCCGUCUGUAACUCCCUUUGUUGAGGAGCUUCAGAAGCGAGUAUUGCAGCACCAUCAAGCCACGAAGGCCGCUCAGGAUGGCAAUGGCGAUGAUUCUAAUUGGAGAAAUUUGUAUGACCUGGGGGAGCCUCGAUCGAGGACUCAAAGUCCUAAUUACUACCAAGGAUUUCCACAGGAUGACAAGGAGGAGGGGAAGGAAAACGGGAAACAAGGUCUCGAAAAUCGGGAGGGAUUGAAGGCUCUUCCUUUUGAGUUUGUUGCUUUGGAGGCAUGCCUUGAAGCUGCUUGCAGUUGCUUAGAAAGUGAAGCAGAUACAUUGGAGCUAGAAGCUCACCCACCAGCUUUGGAUAAGCUGACUACUAAGAUUAGUACUCUCAAUUUGGAAUGGGUGCGUCAAAUCAAAAGUCGAUUGGUUGCAAUAACUGGACGAGUUCAAAAGGUGCGCGACGAAUUAGAACACUUGCUAAAUGAUGAUGAGGAUAUGGCUGAGAUGUACUUAACAGAGAAGAUGGUUCAGCAACAACUUGAGAACUCUUCCACUUCUUCAAUUCCCGAGAGAGAUGAAAUGGACGAUGCAGUUCAGCAGUCAGGCAACGAUGAGAGUUCUCCUCCUAAAAUGUCGUUGGAAGGCAAUAUGGAUGCUUCCCAUGUGGGCAGGGACAGCCAUGGGACCCGGACGAGUACUACCCAGAGCGCUAUAAGCAAACACCUCGACGUGGAGGAACUCGAAAUGCUGUUGGAGGCAUACUUUGUGCAAAUUGAUGGUACACUCAACAAACUCUCCACGCUGAGGGAGUAUGUGGAUGUCACAGAAGAUUACAUCAACAUAAUGCUGGAUGACAAACAAAACCAUCUUCUACAAAUGGGAGUAAUGUUGACAACAGCAACCCUUGUCGUGAGCGCGUUCAUCGUGGUGGCAGGUAUCUUCGGGAUGAACAUCCAUAUUGAACUGUUUGAACCCAAAAAAGCAGGCAUGCCAGAGUUCCUGUGGACUGUUGGUGGUGGCACUACUGGAAGCAUCUUGUUGUAUGUUGUUGCCAUCGCUUGGUGCAAGCACAAACCCUUGCUUGAGUAGUUCCCCAAAACCGAAACUCAAGCAUACUGCCAAUGGUGUAGUUGACCCGAUAAAAAAAGGAUUAUAUAUAUAUAUAUAUAUAUAUAUA